AUGUUCUCAAACCUCGCCCUUCUUGCUGUGAGCACGACGAUUGGGGCUGCGCUGGGAGAGACUAUUCUGGGCGUGACUGUGUUUACGCGACACGGGGACAGAACCUCGAAGCACUUUCCGGGCUACAGUCUGACGAGCCUGGGGGCCCAGCAAAACUUCCAGGUGGGCCAGGACUAUCGUGGCAUCUACCUUGAUUCAGAUUCCCCCAAGCGGAUAUUGGGGGUAUCCGAGGACAAAUAUGUUUCAUCGCAGGUCUACGCGAGCGCGCCAGACCAGAAGAUACUACUCGACACAACGACCGCCUUCUUGCAAGGCCUCUAUCCACCGCUUGAGGAAGUCACCAGAUUGACACUCGCCAACGGCUCCGCUUACACCAACCCGCUAAACGGGUAUCAAUACGUCCAUAUCCGCAGCGAGCCCUCGACGUCCCCCAACAGCAUAUGGCUCAAGGGCGACGACAGCUGUCCAGCCUACACUCGCGCCUCCUCCUCCUUCAAAGCCAGCCCAGAAUUCCAGCAGCGAACCGAAGCCACGGCCCCCUUCUACGCACGCUUCUGGGACGCCCUCCGCAACGUCCACGACUACAACCCCGCCAACCUAACCUACGCAAACGCCUACGACAUCUACGACCUCCUCAACACCGCCUCGAUCCAAAACGCCUCAUCCGCCCCCGCCAACCACGCCAUCAGCCACGACAUCAGUGCGCCUGACCUCGCUCGCCUCCGCACCCUCGCCGACAGCGCCGAGUUUGCCGCCAACUACGGCCGGGAUGAGCCGAUGCGCGCGAUCGGCGGCGCGACGCUCGCUGGCGCGGUACUCGCACGGCUCAACGAGACGGUCGUGACGCAUGGAAGGCGGAAGUUCAGCCUCUUGGCGGGGAGCUACGACACUUUUCUGUCCUUCUUCGGGCUCGCCGAGCUGACGGCUGCGAGUACGGACUUCUAUGGCUUGCCGGCUUAUGCGUCCACCAUGGCGUUCGAGAUCUUCACCGAGAAUAACGUGACAGUUUUCCCCGCGCUUGAGGACGUGAGCGUAAGGUUUUUGUUCAGGAACGGCUCGGACGUGGAGGAGCUGCGGGCGUUCCCGUUGUUCGGGAGGAGUGAGACGGCGCUGCCGUGGAGCGAGUUCGUCGCUGAAAUGGGGAAGCGAGCCGUCACGAGCGUGAAGGAGUGGUGCGAGGCCUGCGAGAGCACCGAGGGGUUCUGCAUGGUGUAUAGUGUUCCUACGACGAAGUGGAAUCCGGCUGCUUAUGCGGUCAGUGGAGUCAUCAGCGGCAUUGUUGUCGGCACAGCUGUAGUGCUUUUCAUCCUGGCAUAUAGGAAACUGGCGGAGAGAGCUAGGGCCCGCAAGGCCCGCAGGGCCAGGCAGGAUGACGUUCACCGUGCUGAGAUGGGGAUGCCGGAUAAGGGGGCUGUCAGUGAGAGGACUGAUAGUGUGGGCAGCGAGUCGGUGUAG